CCCGGCGCUAGGCUAUCCACGGCGCUGCCUGAUCGGACGAGAUCACAAGUCGGAGAUGAGGCAGCUCUUCACGCGAUUUAUCCGGACAUUGUGCCCAGGGUUUUGAAGGAGGGAUAUGUCGGAAGGGCUCUGAGGAUUUGAUUCCAGGUGUGAAUUCCCAAAAAAAGCAAAUGUGCUUUGACUGGGGCCCCGGGGAGUUGCUGGUAUGUGAAACCUCCUACAACAAAAAAGAAAAAUUGGAGGUGAUGCCAAGCUGUCCCUUUGUCUAUAUCAUCCGGAAGGAUGUAGAUGUGUACUCUGAAUUUUUGAGAAAACUCUUUAAUGAAUCCCAUGGGAUCUUUGUGGGCCUUCAGAGAAUUGAAGAAGAAUUGACUGGAAAAUCCAGAAAAAUUCAGUUGGUUCGUGUGAGUAAAAACUACCGGUCAGUCAUAAGAGCGUGCAUGGAGGAAAUGCACCAGUGUGCAAUUGCUGCUAAAGACCCAACCAGUAGCCACAAGUUCAGUAGCCAGGUUGGCAUUCUGUCUGUGAUGGAGCUCAUUUGGAACCUGUGUGAGAUCCUCUUCAUUGAAGUGGCCCCAGCCGGACCUCUCCUCCUGCUCCUGCUGGACUGGGUUCGACUCCAUGUGUGUGAGGUGGACACUUUGUCAGCAGAUGUCCUGGGAAGUGAGAAUCCAAGCAAACACCAGGGCUUCUGGAAAUUGGUGACCAUCUUGGUGCUGCAGGGCCGACUGGAUGAAGCCCGACAGAUGCUGUCCAAGGAAGCAGACGCUAACCCAGCCUCUGCAGGCAUGUGCCGCGUCUUAGGGGACCUCAUGAGGACGAUGCCCAUUCUCAGUCCUGGCAACACACAGACGCUGACGGAGCUGGAGCUGAAGUGGCAGCACUGGCAUGAAGAAUGUGAGCGGCACUUGCAGGACGGCACUUUCGCCUCCAGCCCGCACCUGGAGUCACUGUGCAAGAUCAUGCUGGGGGAUGAGGCAGCCCUGCUGGAACAGAAGGAGCUUCUGAGUAACUGGUACCACUUCCUGGUGACCCGGCUGCUGUACUCCAACCCCACGGUGAAACCCAUCGACCUGCACUUCUAUGCCCAGUCUAGCCUGGACCUGUUUUUGGGAGGUGAGAGCAGCCCGGAACCCCUGGACAACAUCCUCAUGGCGGCCUUCGAGUUCGACAUCCACCAGGUGAUCAAGGAGUGCAGCAUUGCCUUCAGCAACUGGUGGUUUGUGGCCCACCUGACUGACCUGCUGGACCACUGCCAACUCCUGCAGUCUCACAACCUCUAUUUCGGUUCUAACAUGAGGGAAUUCCUCCUGCUGGAAUACGCCUCAGGCCUGUUUGCUCACCACAGCCUGUGGCAGCUGGGGGUGGACUAUUUUGACUACUGCCCCGAGUUGGGCCGUGUCUCCCUGGAGCUGCACAUUGAGCGCAUCCCUCUCAACACUGAGCAGAAAGCGCUGAAGGUCCUGCGGGUCUGCGAGCAACGGCAGAUGACCGAGCAAGUCCGCAGCAUCUGUAAGAUCUUAGCCAUGAAAGCUGUUCGCAACAAUCGCCUGGGCUCUGCCCUCUCGUGGAGCAUCCGUGCCAAAGAUGCUGCCUUUGCCACACUUGUGUCCGACAGGUUCCUCAGGGAUUACUGUGAGCGGGGCUGCUUCUCCGACUUGGAUCUCAUUGACAACCUAGGGCCAGCCAUGAUGCUUAGUGACCGACUGACCUUCCUGGGGAAGUACCGAGAAUUCCACCGGCUGUACGGGGAGAAGCGCUUCAUGGAAGCCGCCUCUCUUUUGCUCUCCCUGAUGACGUCUCAGAUCGCCCCACGCUCAUUCUGGAUGACACUUCUCACGGACGCCCUGCCCCUGUUGGAGCAGAAGCAGGUGAUAUUUUCAGCAGAACAAACAUAUGAGCUGAUGCGCUGUUUGGAGGACUUGACUUCAGGGAGGCCAGCGUGUGGAGAGCCUGAUGCCCAGCGACUAGAGGACGACGACAUCGAGACCACCAAAGUGGAAAUGCUCAGACUGGCACUCGCGCGAAACCUGGCUCGUGCGGUUGUGAGGGAGGGUUCUUUGGAAGGUUCCUGAGGCCCUGCAUG